CAUAAGUUUUAUGUUAAACUUUGUGUGUGUGUGUGUUGGUGGGGUGUAAUCUGUGUGUUUCUAACUUCCCGCUCCACCUCUGCGGUUUGAUCUGAGAGCUUCGCUUUACUUCUGUAAUCCUGCCAACCGCCCAUCUCCAUCUCUCCCUCCAUCACUCCAUCCAGGGGAUUUGACUGCCAUUAAGAGAUGGCUUUUGUGUGUGUGUGUGUAUGAUGGAACACACACACACACACACACACACACAGAGUGAUGGGGGAGAUGAAGUGUAAAAACACAACCACACACACUUUAGCUGCAGAGCUGUCGGGCAGCAGCAUCCAGUGCACUUGCUCCGUGAUGCCGUCGAAGGUGCUGAUGGUUGACAGGAUGGACACAUGCACGAGUAUUCGGACAGUGACUUUUAACACACAUGGAUGCAACUGUCUGGAAAGAUCUACAGACCUCCGUUAAUCCUGGCAUGUCCCAGAUGAGAGACUACAGCAAUGACUGUCCUCACUUUCACUGUCUCUGUGCUGUGCCUGCUGCCUCAGGCGGUGCUGGCCCGGUGGGCGUGUGUUCGGGCCUGCCCGCCGUCCUGCUCCUGCACGCAGGAGAAGAGCUGCAGCGUGCUGUGCGACCGCUCCGGCCUGGCUGAGCUGCCCAAAGAGUUCCCCUGCGAGGCCUCCACCAUCAACCUGGACAAGAACAAACUCAAGUUCCUGUCAGAGAGGGCCUUCGGCACCCUGCCCUCCCUCAAGUCUCUCUCUCUGGACCACAACAACAUCUCCUUCAUUACCCCUGGAGCCUUCAAGGGCCUCCCCAACUUAGUGGAGCUGAAGAUGGCGCACAACGACUACAUCAGUUACCUUCAUACACGGACGUUCACGGGGCUGAAGAAGGUGGUGCGCCUGGACAUGUCAGACUGUAACCUCUUCAGCAUCCCUGACCGCAUCUUCAUAGAGCAAACUGCGCUGAAGGAGCUGCUCUUCUUCCAGAACAACUUCAGGAGGAUCCCUGGAGCCUUCAGAGGCAUGGAGAACCUGACUCACAUCUACCUGGAGAGGAACAAGAUAGAGGCGGUGGCCUACAACUCCCUGCUGGGCCUGGGCAGUCUCAAGUACCUGAACCUGCAGGAGAACCGCAUCAACGUGAUCCAUGACCAGGCCUUCCAGGACCUUGUGCGGCUGGAGAACUUCUACCUCAAUGACAACCUGCUGUCUGACCUGCCGCGGCUCGCCUUCAAGGGCCUCAGUCGCCUCAAGAUGCUCAACCUUGGGGGGAACCUGUUGAUCAACGUGUCCAAGACCUGGUUCAGUGAUCUGGUGGAGCUGGAGGUCCUAUACCUGGACAGGAACCAGGUGCUAUACAUCGAGGAAGGCACUUUUGAGAACCUGACCAGCCUGAUCACGCUCCACCUGAACAGCAACAACCUCACCACCCUUCCCUUCCCUGUUUUCCAGCCCAUCUACUUCCUGGGCCGCCUCUACCUGUUCAGAAACCCCUGGGAGUGUGACUGCUCCCUCGAGUGGCUGAAGGAGUGGAUGGAAAGCUACAAGCUGGUGCGGGACAUCCCCUGUGCCUCACCUUCCUCCGUGGCGGGGCUGGAUCUCAGCGAGGUGGUCUUCGCCAAGGUGAACGGCACGUGCGUGGACCCCGGAGAGCUGAACGUGACCACGGCCUCCUCGGAGAUCGUCUCCACCACGGAGAACCGCUUCAACAGCCUCGUUUCCAAGCUGCUCCAGCAGGAGCUCAGGGAGGAGAUGGGGAACGGAACAGAGAGUCUCCGUAACGGGACCCUGCUGGAUCCCGAGGACGGGCUGCUCUCCGCAGGGGUCGGAGGGCAACGGGCCCAGACAAGCCCACCACUUCUCAGCUUCCUUGUAGUGUGUCUCACUGUCGGUUUGCUUGGCCAGUCAGAUAUUCAUUUCUGUCUUUUUUGCACAUGAGAACCGUGGAAAUGGGGUUUGCUUCCUGACCCGCAGAAACAACAAGGAGUCGCUUUUCAAAAUGCCGAUGAGAUAAAAGAUGUUUUCAUUUAUCCAUGAAAGCGCAGGGGAAUACUCUUCCUCGCAUGCGGGCGUGAGUCUGCCCCGCCAAACACAGGAUGCAAGUUUUGGUAAACUGAAUAUUUUCAGCUAUCUGCAGAAGAAAGACUGAUGUUGACAUGGCGGCAUUUAUUUUCACAUGAGCUAUUUAUACACAAUAAUCUAUGGUAUUAAUAGAUGAACUACAUUUCUUUCCUCCUGGUUUAUAAACAGCUAUGCCAAAGCUGUACGGUUGCAGGAUUCAUUUCUACAAUUACAGAGGCGGCUGUUGAUUUCAAACUGUGGAUUACUGUGGCGACGUGAUGAAAAUGUAUAUGCGAACCUCCACAUUUUGUUGCAUAAUACUCAAUUUUAAUUAAUAUUAUGUAAUAUUCAUAGCAUUGCAUCGUCUGUUGCGAGUGGGUUUUGUAUUUUCAUUCACAUCUAUGUGUAAAGUUAAAGGAGAUCCUGUAGUUAUCUCCUAAACAGAUGUCCUCUCUGCUCAUUUCUGUUCAUCCAACUCUAAAUGUAGGUUCUACAGCUUUCCCAUAAAUGCAUUAAUCUUCUUAUUGCAUGCGGCUCAGCGUCGUUGCUGCUUGUGUAUGCUACAAGGUAAUGGACGGACUUUCUCAUUGCUUUGCUUUCUUUUUACCAUGGUGAAUGUAAGUAGUUAGGUCUGACAGCCAGCGAUCCGGUUCAGUGGUGUUAUUAGACAAAUAUAUUUUUCUAAAUAAAAGAAUUGCUGUUGAACUCU